UCUUGUCUCUGGGGUUGGACCAGAGACAAACUGAAACAGAAAGUGUUUGUGAGUGGAGCAGAAGGACAGAAACUCUCCAYAUUAACCUGAUUCACGGGUCUKCACACCACUCUCAGCUCCUCUUUGUCAUGGAUGGCUCAGAUGAAACAAGGAUUGUUCUGCUGGGAAAAACAGGAGCUGGWAAAAGCAGCCUUGGAAACACGAUACUGGGAGAAGAUCUACUGAAAAGCAAACUGUCUCCAAAAUCUGGGACAGAAGAAUGUCAAGCAAUAUCUAAAGUCAUCAAUGGAGUCCGUACCACAGUGAUCGACACUCCUGGUUUCUUUGAUACAAAGAUGGAUGAAAAUAAGCUGAAGGCUGAGAUCAUAAAGUCUGUACAGCUGUGGCUUCCAGGGCCUCAUGCUUUCCUCAUUGUGCUUAAAGUGGAUCGAUACUCAGAGCAGGAACGUGACGUCAUCAACAAAAUAUUUAAAUUUUUCUCAAAGGCAGCUCUGAAACAUGCUGUGAUUGUGUUCACAUAUGGUGACCAGCUCCAUGAAGGAGGCACAAUUGAKGGUUUUGUUGGUCAGGAUGAGGGUUUGUGUGAUCUGGUGGAGAAAUGUGGCGGCAGGUGCCACGUUGUUGAUAAUAGAUACUGGAACAACAACCAGCCUGAUGAUUACAGGAACAACAAGUUUCAGGUGGCUCAGCUUCUUAAAACAAUCGAAACAAUGAAGAAAACGCAAGGAUUUUACAGCAACGAGUUCCUCAAAAAAGUGGAAGAGGAUAAAUCUGGGACGUUUUUGAAAUUUUUAGCUGGUGCCACAGUGGGAGUCGUGUUGGGAGCAGCUUUUGGUUUGACUUUUGGUGCAGGCCUUGCAGUCAUUGGUGGAGCARCAGCUGGAGGUGUCAUAGGUGGGGCCAUUGGCAGUUCUUCAGAAACACCACAKGAAGCUAUGGUAGAAACAGCUAAGACAAUGCAAAACCUUGGCAUGGCAGCAGCUGAGAUUCGUAAACUGAAAUAGAAAAAUAGUAGGACAAUAUAGUAAAAUUUAUAAAUAGAAAAAAAAACAUACAGUAAAUAAACCUGUUUGGUUGAUUAUCUUUGAAGAACAAGAUAAUGCCAACAUCUGUUGCUUAAAGCUGAGAGAGAAAACCAAAAUCAAGAAGAAAAUUGUUCAUGUCUGCAAGGAAAACUUUGUAAAUUGUAUUAGCUUUUUAUUUCCUAUUUUACUGAACUGUUGGGCUUUUAUUUUAUUUUAAAAUGKUAAUUACACUUUGUGUAAAGGUCAAAUAUUGGUUCUUUGUACACAAACCUGUGACUUGUAUAUUCUGUUAUAUGAAUACAAGAUGUAUUUAUGUUUUGUUGGUAGAUCCGGUAUAGGUGGGGAGGGAUGGGAGGGU